UCCUCGUUAUACUAGACUACAAGUCAUGUUAUAGUUUAAAAAUACAUGAAAAUUCCUCUCGACAAGCCGAAGUGGAAAACGGUUUAAUUAAGUUGCCCGUGGGCUACCGUGUAUUGACCUUUGAAAGCAAGUAACUGCAAGGAACAACUGUUGGCUGAUCUGCAACGAUAUGCCGAAUCACACUGCUAUCUUGGCUAAGCUCGGUGCUGAAUUGCAAUCACGAAGCACUGCUCGUGUUGUUUUGGAAAGUGGACUAUUUUUAUCCAUCUUAGUUUUUAUUCUCAUCGGGAACACCAUGACACUCUUCAUAGUUUACAUCAAUCGUCGCCUCCGCACUGUACCCAACCUUUUCAUYGUUUCACUGGCCUUUUCUGACAUUGGAGCAGCCCUUUUGUCAAUGCCGAUGUGUUCCACUGCCCUUAUUGUUGGGUAUUGGCCUUUUGGAGAUGCAGCUUGCCAGUACAACGGUUUCGUAGCAAUUUUCAUGGCAGUCGCAUCGGUGCAAUUUUUGGCGUGUACCUCUGUUAACAGAUACUUUCGUGUCGUAAAGCCAAACAAGUACAGGAAAUACUUUACGAUGAAGUCUACAAAACUGGGUAUUGUUUUAGUUUGGGUGUAUGCAGCCAUGGCUACAAUACCAUAUUUGUUAUCUGGAAAUCGCAUGGUCUUUCAUCCUGGAAAAUGUUUCUGUUUUGUGAAAAUUGAUGUAGCAUGGUAUACAGCCCUUAUGGCAUCUUUAUACAUAGGAAUCCCAACSAGCGUCACACUAUACUGCUAYCUCARGGUYUUCCAAGCUGUUCACAGGCAUAACAAACAAUUUGCACAGUCMAGAGGRUCUAAYAAAAACCUGAGCGUSGAGGAAAUUAAGAUAACUCGYACAUUGUUUGURGUGAUGUUGGUGUACAUGACAUGCUGGACGCCAAUCCUGAUCAUUGAACUCAUUGAUACCAGCCGUGGUUACUGGUCGAUGAAAAGAGAAGUGUAUACCUUCUAUAGCUUUAUUGCAGCUGUGAGCAGUGCAACUAACCCUAUAAUCUAUGGUUUGAUGAACCCACAGUUUAAGAAAGAGUAUCUGAAAAUCUUGCGGUGUCAGUUACGCUGGUCAAACAUGUGCACGUCUUCCAUGGUAACGGAAAUUUCCAGUGCAAAUGCGACACAUUCAAGAUCUCACCAAGAAGACUUUGGCUUGAGAAUCCAGGCAGCAGUUUCAGCGACAUAAUUUCUUUAGAGUAAGGAAAAGUACGUAGGAAAAUGCAUUAACUCAAAAGUGAAAGUUUAUACCCCUUAUGUCUAACUCUAGUAAAACAAUUUUUUUGACUCCACCAGGUCAUUUUCAUCAGAUUGUUAAUGUUCUGACAGCCACUUUUACUUCGUUGAUCUUUGCUCAUCUUCCAUGGAAAAUGCGUGUUAAUCUGGUAACGGUAUUCAGAAUUUUAUCCAAUAGUCCAGACAGUCCCGAAUCGCAAAUAUUUCUUUCUUCACCUUUUUCAGSCGUGAUCGUUUUCAAAAGCUUUCGCGCGCUUUCUAAUCACGUKACGCUACCUGAUAGGCACCAGCUUAUAUCUCAACAAUACGUUCGGAAUAUCAUGAUUAGCAGCAUUAAUGUUGACUAUGUGGGGUUUUGUAAAAGUCCAUACCACACGACUGAGUCUUGAUUAUUGUGUAAAAAGAUAAAUUUAACACGUAAUAAAAAAGUAGGUGAAACAGCUUGCUGACGUUGGCCGCC